GAGCUGUUGAAAAUGGCCAGGACCAAGCAGACCGCCCGUAAAUCCACCGGUGGCAAAGCCCCCCGUAAGCAGCUGGCUACUAAAGCCGCCCGGAAGAGCGCGCCUGCCACUGGGGGAGUGAAGAAGCCUCAUCGCUAUCGCCCCGGCACUGUAGCCCUGCGAGAGAUCCGCCGCUACCAGAAAUCCACUGAGCUGCUCAUCCGCAAGCUGCCCUUCCAGCGCCUGGUGCGUGAAAUCGCCCAGGACUUCAAGACCGACUUGCGCUUCCAGAGCUCGGCCGUUAUGGCCCUGCAGGAGGCGAGCGAAGCCUACUUGGUGGGGCUCUUUGAGGACACCAACCUGUGCGCUAUUCACGCCAAGAGAGUCACCAUCAUGCCCAAGGACAUCCAGUUAGCCCGGCGUAUCCGAGGCGAGAGAGCUUGUAAUUAUGCUGAGCGGGUCGGGGCUGGAGCUCCGGUCUAUAUGGCCGCGGUGCUGGAGUAUCUGACCGCUGAGAUUCUGGAACUGGCCGGCAAUGCUGCUCGGGACAACAAGAAAACCAGGAUCAUUCCUCGCCAUCUGCAGCUCGCCAUCCGUAACGAUGAGGAGCUCAACAAGCUGCUGGGGAAAGUGACAAUCGCUCAGGGGGGUGUCCUGCCCAACAUCCAGGCUGUACUGCUGCCCAAGAAAACCGAGAGUCACAAGGCUAAGAGCAAUUUGGUUAGAAUGGCCAGGACCAAGCAGACAGCCCGUAAAUCCACCGGCGGCAAAGCCCCCCGUAAGCAGCUGGCUACUAAAGCUGCCCGGAAGAGCGCGCCUGCCACUGGGGGAGUGAAGAAGCCUCAUCGCUAUCGCCCCGGCACUGUGGCCCUGCGGGAGAUCCGCCGCUACCAGAAAUCCACUGAGCUGCUCAUCCGCAAGCUGCCCUUCCAGCGCCUGGUGCGUGAAAUCGCCCAGGACUUCAAGACCGACUUGCGUUUCCAGAGCUCGGCCGUUAUGGCCCUGCAGGAGGCCAGCGAAGCCUACUUGGUGGGGCUCUUUGAGGAUACCAAUCUGUGCGCUAUUCACGCCAAAAGAGUCACCAUCAUGCCCAAGGACAUCCAGUUAGCCCGGCGUAUCCGUGGCGAGAGAGCUUAAAUGCUGCUCAGCCAUCUUCCAAAUGACCCAAAGGCUCUUUUAAGA